ACUGGACUUGGGCAAGGAAGGGAGGAUGUCUGAACCGGUGUUUGAAGCUGUCUUGCCAAGACCUCAGUUUGAGAAAAGAAAAUCCUUUCUAGAACGACUCAUAAUACAUACAUUAACAUUAUAUUCUGUCAGUCAACAAUCCAUCAGUAGUGACAUAUGUCCAAGUACUAUAGUACAUAAACGAUCGGGAAGAUCCGUCAAAGUCCAGCUGAAAGAAAGCACCACUGAAGGUGGCCAUGAUGCUUUCCCAGAGUCUCAAAUGUUAAAGGAUCUAAGAGAAAGACUAGUGAGCUUUAACGGCGAAGAACAGGAUCCGGAGACCCAUGACAACAAAUCAGAUACUCUUCAAGCUGAAGCACAGAAAGUGGCUCAUAAACACUCUACAUGUACUUACGUCAUAACUGUAUUUGUCCAAAUCUGUGACGUUGUUAUUACUUCUCAGGAAUUGGUAGGGUUUGUCAAUAUUACCGUUGCGCUGAAACACUCUGAUUACAGCUAUUUGUUUACGUCAGACGAAGAAAUAAUACAGGAGCAUUCUGAACAAACAUCUGGAUCAAAAAUUAGAGGUUCAACACCAAGAAUGGUAUUGAAAGUGAUAUUUCGAAAAUGUCCCAACAAUUUCAAUUGUACGAGUUUUAUUUAUUCUGAGGUCGGCAACUGCAGAUUAUUGUCACGCGCGGAAAAGGAAUCAAAAUCAAACGAGACAUCGAAAGCAAACCCAAGGGUCGGAUUCAACGAAGAAGUGCUGGCUUAUUUGAUACGCUUGACGCUCAACGACUUCAGUGGAACUCCAAGUAACUACAACCCAGUUGAGCUAUCACCUCGUGCAGGUGAUCUUCUGCGACAUCUUCCUUACAUUUCAAUAGCUCAGCAUACUUCUGACAGACAAGAAAUUUUGCGUAAUACAUCCUUCACGGAAUCACUGUUUUCAUUUCUCACAUGGCCAUUGGAGGUGUCCACGUCGGCAUAUGAAUUGGCUGUACAUGGAUUUACUCGUGACAAUGAGGACGGGUUGUAUGUGAAAUGCCGUUCAUGUGGGGUAGUUGUAAAUGUAACUGAAUCUAACGGAAAUAACUUUGCAUCUUCGCAUACAGAGAACUAUCCAGAAUGUAAAUCGUCAAUAGCUAAUGCUUUAUCGACAAAAGGAGAAGAAAAUGAUGCAAAUAAGAAAGAAAGAAAACGACAUUGUGACCAUAAUGAUGAUAUAGAUGAAGAUGAUUCUACACGUCGUACUGACAGUACUACAUCAGAGAGUCUGGAACAUGUCACUUCUUUGAAUGUACAAUCUAUACAGUAUGUAUCUUCCGAACGCUUGGCUACUGGAGAAGAUGCUGACGAUAACUCAGCAAACCAACGACCCAACUCACUAGAUCGAGCAGAAGGUCUUACCGAAGCUGUGGAGAAUACCCAGAGUGCUCAUUCUGACGUCACUUCCGAGGCUGACCUCCUAGAAAUAGCUUCCGGUGGCAUUGGCCGUCUGACUUACACACCACGCAAUCUUCGGUAUGCCUCACCAGAAUCGCGUCGACUUUCCUUUCGUACCUGGAUCAGACCACAUGAAAACAUUGAUAACUUAGUGGACAGCGGAUUCUUCUCCACAGGAGAGGAGGACGUAGUCCGCUGUUUUCAUUGUGAUAUAGGGUUGGCUGAUUGGAACCCAGAUGAUGACCCAUGGGUUGAGCACGCGCGUCAUAGCCCGGAUUGUCCCUAUCUAAGGAGCAGGAAAGAUGACCAGUUCAUCAACAACAUACAAUUGCAGUGGGCAAAGAUAUACACACCCAAACAUCCUCACAUGAGCAGCAUUGGUAAAAGGAACAAGUCUUACGAGACUUCCUGGCCUCGUGACUUUGUUCUGCAGACUCCAUAUCAGUUAGCUGAAGCGGGAUUUUUCUACACAGGUGAGACGGACACUGUCCGAUGUCACUACUGUGACGGAGGUCUCCGGGAGUGGGAACCAAACGAUGACCCAUGGACAGAACACGCAAGGUGGUUUCCCUUCUGUAAAUUUGUCAUCAAGGUCAAAGGCUUGCAAUUCAUUCAGGAUUCCGCUGCUCCGGAGGAUAUUCCUGAUGGAGAUGACAACGACCUUCCACCAGCUGUAGCACAAAGAACGGUUAUUGCACCAACAUUUGAGGACGAAUGUAGAAAACGAGAAUUGAAGAAUCCAAUGUUUUCUGCGGCGGCCGAAAGUGCUCUGUCCAUUGGAUAUAGUAAAGCGACGGUCAAGGAGGCCAUUAUGAUAUACAUUGAACGAACAGGAAAUCGGGAUUUCAGUGCUGCAGAUUUGGUGGAAAGAAUAUUUGAGUUAGAAGAACAAGGGCGAGCAUUCUUCUCUGAGGACACCGAUGUCAUAGCAGAAGAAGACGAAUUCCAAUUAACACCCAAGGCGAUGAAGAUGGAGAACUUAUACCUGAAAGAGAAGCUGGUGUGUGUUGGAUGCAAAGAAAGAGAACGAUGUAUGCUUUUCAUUCCUUGCGGACACAGAAUCACAUGUGGAAUUUGUUCCAAAGAGCAAACAAAAUGUCCAAAGUGUUUGUCAGAAGUCACCUCGGCUGUCAAGACAUUCUUAGGAUAGAUUCUAUUAUCAUCAAGCAUUUUUUUGUGUUUUGUAAUGUAUUUGUACAAUGUCAAAAUAUCAAUCCUUCAUCUAUUCUGUAUUAUGUUAUACAUAAUCAUUGUCAAAACUCACUAGUAAAACACUAGCGUCUGCAAUUUAAAAUACCUCAAGGGCAGUAACUCGUCUAUCUUUCAAGCUGACGAACUGUUUUGGUUAGAACUAUUUGGUUUUCAAAAAGGUGAAGUUGUUGACCGUUAGGUCAUAAUUCAUAACUAAUUGUCCAAAUAAUAACCAUGCAGUGAAUCUAUGUAAGAAAUGACAAGGAGAAGUGAACGGGCAUUUCCAUAAAAAAUAGUUAAAGAAACUAGUUCAAAUAUCAAGGUGGUAUUGGUUUUAUUUUUAUGUCACUUAUUAAAUUAAUAUACCUUAUACAUAUACUUUGAUGUUCAGCACUUAAUAUUUUUGUGUAUAUACAUGUAUGUGUGUCUGAGUGUGUUUGCUAUUGUACAUAACUAUAUAUUUAAAUGACAUAAACCACUAGCUCAGCUGCUUCUCGUUCAAAAAAAAAAAAAAAAUACAUACUGGAUAAAGAUAACUCCCAUGAAACAAGAAUAUGAUUUCUUUGGAAUAUUGUUAUUUUCUUAGAAUUUCAUUUUUUAUAUUCAGUAAUUUUGAAUCAUACAAACUAUUAAUGGGAUUUAUUAAGUAAUGAAUGCCCUGGAUGCAGAGUUUGGUAUGUUAAUUGUGAGGCUCGUGAUAUUUUUACACUGUCUGCUACUAGUAGAACGUUUGAAUGUUAAAGAGUGUUUCCCAAUUAGGAAGCGGUGUCCGGUAUAUUUUAUAUUACUUUGUACUACAUUGUCAUACACAAUGUUUUCCUCACGUCAAUAUUGAUUUAGUAUGAUAAGAAUAUGUGAAUGUUUCUAACCUACGUCAGUUACAACCCAAGCAUUAAUAUUGGUUUGAACAAAUAGUAUUUCAAACAUAGGGCGUUUGUGAGAACAUAUCUGAGAAAAAGUGUGAUUACAUGUGAUUGUUUCAGAAUGUCGAUAUAAUCCAUCUAGUCUCUUUUACUUAUUUGUUUAAUUUGUUUAGUUUUGCUUUUUUUUCAUGUAAUAUGCAGUUACCUCAUAUACCAAUAAAAACUACA